AUGGGUAUCUGCUCGUCGUGCCUGGGAGGGCGAAGGACUUCUGAGUCUGAUAACUCGGAUGCCUCGCACCUACUCGGAGACCAGUACCAGCCCAACUAUGGAACAGCCAGCAGCACACACAACGCGCCCCAGCCAGACCCAGAGGAGCUUCGACGUCAACGAGAGAACCUGGAGCGUAUUUGCGCGGAAACGAAUGAGCAACUAAUCCCCGUCUCCCAACCGAGCGCCCUCCCCGAAGUCACCGAACAGCCCUCCAAGAACGACGAAUACGCACAUCUCUUCAACGAGCGCUUCAAGUCGAUACGAAGCCAGCGCCCAUCCUCCGCCGGCAACGACGACGACGAUGAGACGACAUGGCUCGAGAACGCCAUGGGCAACCAGGGCGAGGAUGAGCUGGAGCAGAUCAAGCCAGCAAAGGGAAAGCUGACGAUUCAGUUCGGUCAGCGGUAG